AUCUGUUUAUAAAAUCUCGCUUUGAAUUUUGCAAAAAUUAGCCAGUACUAAACUGCGAAAGUAAAUGAAGUAGGCUAAAAUGUCGUGCAUUACAGAAGACCCAGUUGUUGCAAGCACCAGGGAUAUUGCACCAGAAUUACCUUCAGACGCUUGGGAAUUGGCUAAAGCUGCUCUGGAUGGUUUGAAAGCAAAAGAUGAAGAGAACAAAGAAACAAAUGACAAUAUGUUAAUGCAUUCUCUUAACCCACCUCCAAUGAUUUCCCCAAAUGGUGCAUAUGGCUAUCCUCCUAAUGCAUGGUUUAACUAUGCCCCAAAUAUCCCUAUACAUCCAUUUAUUCAACCUCAUCCACAAUAUGGUUUUCAUGAAAGUUUUUAUAAUAUGAGAAUACCACCUAAUGGUUAUAAUAUUCACUAUCCUCCACCAAUAUAUCCUCCACAAAGCUAUCGUCAACCUUUCAACCGACCACCUUUGCCAGUUGAAAGGCCAUACAGAUCUGGUUUUCCACCUCCACCACCGCCACCACCACCUCCUUAUCAACCUAACAAUUUUUAUCAGCAACCUUCAGCAUAUGCAAAUGAGAAUGAAAGUAACUAUAAUUCAUUUGAAAGUGGUACUCCUGUAAGUGAAGGUGAAAGCAAAUCAGGUAAAGAAACCAAUGAAACAUCUUAUAUAGAAAAACCUAAAUCCUUUGCUGAUGCUGUGAAAAAUAGUAAAAUUAUCUGGAAAAAGAAAGGUGUUUUAAACAAAGAUGGAUCUGUCUUCAGUACUAAAAUUGGAAAAGGUUGGACCAACCAGGGUUUUUCACAAAUUGAUUCCAAUAAUGCUAAAGUUAAUUCUAGAACUAACGAAAAACGUGAUUUUGAGGAAAUUAAUGGAAAUAGUGAAGCAGAUGUCAAGAGAAGUAAAAAUGAAAUAAAAGAACAAAAUGAUCAUAAUGAGAUAAAAGGAUCUCAAAAAAGACCUGUUAAAGAAUGGCCAGUAGCAAUGAAAGAGUGGGUGAGAAUGUCUUUCAACAAAUGCACAAGUGAGUACAUGAAGGAUCAACUUGAAAAACCAUUAAAAGCUUUUAUAAGUCAAGUGUUAAAUGAUGGAUCAGCAUGGACUAUGAAUUGGAGCUCUAAACCUCUUUUUGAACUUGAAGAAAAAGUUAAUAGACGACGAAGUACAAGGCGCAGUAAUUCUACAGGAAAAAGUCGUUCUCGUAGUCGCUCUUUUAGUGUAUCACCUAAAAGAACUCGGAGUGCAAUCAACAGUGGAAGCUCUGAUGAUUCUACUGAACCUAUAAAAGCAAAAAAAAUUCAAAGUAGAAUUGGUAAAAAAAUUCCAGCUAAAAAAAAGAAAAAGCAAAUGGCUGUCCAAGCUAAAUUUCAAGUUUCUGAAGAUGCAUUUGUUACAAAAAAAAAGGAAGACCGUGCUGCAAGAUUUGAAAAAUCGUUAACAAAAACAAUAACUUAUUCAACAGAGCCGCUUACUCAAGAUGGCGAAGAAGAUAUUAAUUAUCAUAUCACUGGAACUUCUCAAGAUCUAAUAAAGCAUUAUUUAAGAUUAACAACAGCUCCUGAUCCAGAAACAGUUCGUCCGCAAUAUAUCUUGGAGAAAUCAUUAAAGCAUAUCAAGCAACACUGGAAAGACAAUCAAGAUUAUCAUUUUGCGUGCGAACAAAUGAAAUCCAUUCGUCAAGACCUUACUGUUCAGGGAAUCAAAAAUGAAUUUUCUGUGCAAGUGUAUGAAUGUCACGCAAGAAUCGCUUUGGAAAAGGGAGAUCGGGAGGAGUUCAAUCAAUGUCAAACGGUCUUAAAGUCACUUUAUAAACAAGGCAUAUUAGGAGAAGUAGCAGAAUUCACUGCUUAUAAUAUUCUUUAUUAUAUUUAUACAAAAAGUAGCAUAGAUCUAAAUUCUUGUUUGGCCUCUCUUACUAAAGAGCAAAAGAAGGAUGAAGUUGUCCAACACGCUUUAGCGUUGCGUUCCGCUAGUGCUCUUUCUAAUUAUCAUUUGUUUUUCAAGCUGUAUUCUACUGCCCCUAAAAUGUCUGGUUAUCUAGUGGACCUUUUUAUAGGAAGAGAGCGAAAGUUGGCUCUCAAACGGAUUAUUAAGACGUAUCGGCCCACUAUUUCAAUUGCAUACAUCAAUAGUCUACUUGCUUUCGAUGAUGAGUUAACUUGUCGAGCGUGGUUGGAGGAAUUGGGUGUUACUUUCGUUUCAUUGGACCCUUCAAUUAUCGAUUGUAAGGCUUCCGCGAAUGCUCUUAAUUGUAUAACCUAGAGGUCUGCAAGCUGAUUUCCCUCGAGUCAUUCUCUAUAGAUAUCUACUCUCUAAAGGGGGGAAAAGGUUUUAAAAUGCACAAAUUGCAUUCAAUGAAAUUUUUCAAUGAUGUUUCUAAUGAAAUUAAAAUCCCUUCAUACAAGCAACUUAAAAGUCCUCAUAAAAAUUAUUGUGAGUUCUGAUUAUCUGUACACAUCGUCACCAAGGUUUUAUAUAAUUGGUAAUAAAUUGUCAUCGAAAGUAUAUAUGGACAUUAAGAAAAUUAUUUUGCUUUUCAGUGUGAAUUUUAGAAAUGAUGACCAGGGUUGUUACGCUACCUCUCAAGAUUUGAGAAAGAUGACCGAAGUUCAGAGUCAAGCAUGCGUGUUUUUAGAAUCAGAUGAGAAGAUUGACGCACUAUCUCACGACUCUUACAAGUGAUGGCUGAAGAUCUCACGCUAUUGAAAAAGAAAUGGCGACGAAAGCCAAUUACUAUUCAAGUUUUGAGUAUUUUUAUGGACGAUUAUCAUCACUAUUGUAAACCGGUUAACUUACAUUGGUAGAUAAUUUUAUACCAAUAUAAGUUAUUCUGCUAAGCUAAAUAAAAUGGUUUAGCAAUCUAUGUUUUCACGUGAUAUAAUAUUUCCGCAAGAUUUUUAAUAUACAUGAACAACAUUGGAAUUUAUUUUCAGAAGAAUUUUUUUGUCUUCGUGUGUAUAUGUAAAUAUAUAUAUUUUAUAUAUUGCUAUAUCGUAAAUAUUUAUAUAAAUGUUUAAAAUAACUUUUAUUUAUUUUGAUUUGUUUUUUUGUUUGUUUUUGUAUAAGUUCCGCAAAUAAUGAUCUGUAGGGAUAAAAGCAAUAAUUUUUCAA